UGAUGCGGAAGUGCUUGUUAUGUGAUGUGUCAAAUUUUGUACUCUUUUUUUUAUUAUUAUUUAUACAUUUGAUAAACUGUAGCUUGAUAUUAAAGUCAUACAUAAAUAAAAUUUCCAAAGUAAUAGAAGUGUCACGCUAAAAAAGGCUACAACUUGACCAAUUUUGUCUCCGCUGCUGUUAAAAGCGUCCUAAAUGAAGGUGGUAUAUAUGUGGCAGCUAGCUAGCUGUGCUAGCUUGUAAAUUUCCAGCAGUCUGAAAGUCAGCAAUGAAUUCAGAGAAACAGUGACUUUGGGAGGUGGUGAUAAGCAACAGACCCAACCCACACAUCUGCCAUCCAGCGGAGUGUGGCCUUGUGUUUACCUGCUCAUCAGGUGAGUUCUGAACGGAGGAGGGGGGCGGGGCCCACACACAACGUAGGAGAGAUGCCUGUGGAGGGCGGGAGCAGCAGCGGCUCCACUUCGGCCGCACGCCACCCCAAGCAGAAGCGCAAGGCACACAGUUUGUCCAUCCGGCGCACCAACAGCACAGAGGACCGGCCUCCCGGUAUCCUGAGAGGAGACAUGCUGGAGGGACAGGACUCCAAGCUGCCCUUCGCGCUGCGGAACAACCUCCUUGACCUUUUUAGCCAGAUUGAGCGUGAGUUUGAGACUCUCUACAUCGAGAACCUUGAGCUGCGUCGGGAAAUCGAGUCUCUGAACGAGCGUCUGACAGGAGACGGACAGGCGGUGGAGGGGGCAGAUGCCACCAAGGGAGCCCUAAAAGCAAAAGCGAGYCACAGCACCAGUCAGCUGUCACAGAAGCUGAAGACGACCUAUAAAGCCUCCACCAGCAAGAUUGUGUCCAGUUUCAAAGCCACCACCGGCUCCCGGGCUUUGUGCCAGCUGCUAAAGGAGUACGUGGGCCACCGGGAUGGGAUCUGGGAUCUCAGUGUGACCCGAACACAGCCAGUGGUGCUUGGCACUGCCUCUGCUGAUCACUCCGCUCUGCUGUGGAGUAUAGAAACUGGAAGAUGUUUGCUGAGGUACGCUGGCCAUGCAGGAUCAGUCAACUCCAUCAAAUUUCACCCCAGCGAGCAGAUGGCUCUCACAGGCUCCGGCGACCAGACGGCUCACAUCUGGCGCUACAUGGUGCAGCUUCCAGCCCCCCAGCCACCACCAGAUGUCAGUGCCUCGUGCGACGAGGACCAGGACUCGUCGGACCGGGAGGAGGGCGAGGCGGACGGAGACGGCCCCUCCGAGGUCCCAACAGUUCGAGUGGCCACAGCAACCCUGAAGAGUCACCAGGGUGUGGUAAUCGCUGCCGACUGGUUGGUGGGAGGUCGACAAGUGGURACCGCUUCCUGGGAUCGAGCUGCUAAUCUGUACGAAGUGGAAACGUCUGAACUGGUUCACACGCUGACUGGCCAUGACCAGGAGCUGACCCACUGCUGUACCCACCCCACCCAGCGACUGGUGGUCACUUCCUCCAGAGACACCACCUUUAGACUGUGGGACUUCAGAGACCCGUCUAUCCACUCAGUCAAUGUCUUCCAGGGACACACAGA